AUGAGCACCCCAAAUUCCCAAUUCCAUUCCCACCCACUACUGCGGCUGUGGUUGCCAGUAAUCCAACUAGUCAUCUUGGCCGCCGCGGCUGAGCAGCAGCAAGGUUGCCGUGACAAGUGCGGCCACGUCAGCAUCCCCUUCCCUUUCGGCAUCGGCCGCGGCUGCUUCCGCCAUGGCUUCGAGGUCGUGUGCAACGACUCCUCGUAUCCCCCUCGCGCCUUCCUUGCUGGCAAAAGAAUAUCCAGGUUGUCGUCGUCCCCACUAGAUCCCGAGAACGGGAGCGAUUGGUCCUUCUCGUCGAUCGAGCUUGUGAGCAUAUCAGUCGCCACGGGCAAGGCACGGGUGUACGCCCCGGUCUCGUACCUCUGCAGCACAAAUCUCAACAGGACCUUCUCCGCGAUCUACAAUAUUCACUUGGCCCACACGCCGUUCGCCGUGUCGGCGACGCGCAAUAUUCUCGUCGGCGUCGGCUGGAGAGUCGAUGCUUUCGUGACUUUCAUCGACUUUCCGCUGAGGUGGCCGUAUACGGUUAUGUUCGCCUGCAGUGCUCGUGCACGCAAUCUCCUGCCAAGUGUGACCCCAACAAACGGGUCGUGCACGGGGAGGGGCUGCUGCCACACCACCAUCCCACCGGACAACAACCUCGGCAACUUGUUAAGCUUUUCUGUCAAGGGCGAGGUCCCCAACGAGCGGUGGGAAGACUACCCGUGCUCCUACGCCAUGCUGGUGGACAAGUCAUGGUACAACUUCUCUACGCCAGACAUGGAGGGCAACAGGACGCUACUCAAAAGGUUCCCCCGGGGCGUCCACAUCGCGCUCGAUUUCGCCGCCGGGAACACUUCGUGUCCGGCCAAGGGACAGCCACCCCCUCCGGACUACGCCUGCAUCAGCGGCAACAGCUCUUGCGCCAACUCAACACAUACUCCAGGCUAUAUCUGCAAGUGCUGGGACCAUUACGCUGGCAACCCUUACAUCACUCACGGAUGCCAAGAUAUUGAUGAAUGCAAGCUCCCGCAUGUGUAUCCCUGCUCAAAUGGCGGGAUCUGCAAAAACAGGCUCGGAGGCUAUGACUGUCCAUGCAAGUUCGGGAUGAAAGGCGACGGCAAAGCGGGAACCUGCUCAGAUAUAUUCACUCCAGCGGCCAAGGCGGCUGUGGGUGCCAUUGGCGGUAUUCUUCUGAUGGCUGUUUUAUCAUUUCUUCUUAUUCUUCACAAAGAGAAAAAGAAGACGGAAGAAUUCUACAAAAAGAAUGGUGGCCCUACAUUAGAGAAGGCAGAUGUCAUUAAACUUUUCAAAAAGGGGGAGCUCAAGCCAAUUUUGAGGAGUAGUAACUUAAUUGGAAAAGGUUACUUUGGUGAAGUUUACAAGGGCCUUCUUGACAAUAAAUUAGUUGCAAUAAAGAAGCCGAUUAAUGGUAGUGUGCUAGAGAGUGAACAAUUUGCAAAUGAAGUCAUCAUCCAAUCUAGAGUCAUUCACAAGAACAUUGUCAGGCUCAUUGGUUGUUGCCUUGAAGUUGAUGCCCCUAUGCUGGUCUACGAGUUUAUCUCUCAAGGUAGCCUCCUUGACAUCCUUCACAACAGUAAUAACAAGGUGGCCCUCAACUUGGAUACACGUUUAAGUAUUGCAGCACAAUCAGCGGACGGUCUAGCUUAUAUGCACUCAAAAACAAAUAGUACAAUUCUACAUGGUGAUGUUAAACCAGCAAAUAUACUCCUGGAUGAUAACUUUGUUCCCAAGAUUUCAGACUUCGGCAUAUCUAAGUUGAUUCAGAGAGACAAGCAACACACUGGACAAGUCAUCGGCGACAUGAAUUAUAUGGAUCCAGUAUAUCUACAAGAAGGCCGACUCACUGAAAAAAGUGAUGUCUAUAGUUUCGGAAUUGUGAUCCUAGAGCUUAUUAGUAGGAGGAGGGCCAUACAUUCUGAGAAUAAUAGCUUGGUAAAAGGCUUUCUUGAAGCACAUAAGAAACAGAAGAAAACGACUGAGUUUUAUGACAAGGAAAUUGCAAUAACAAAAGAUUUGGAGCUUCUUGAUAGUCUGGCAGAUAUAGUCGUGGAAUGCCUUAGCCUUGAUGUAGACCAAAGACCAACGAUGAUGGAGGUAGCGGAGCAACUGCUCGUACUAGGCCGGUCUCGUAAAGCGUAG